AAAAACACACAAGAUGGCUGCUGUUGUCUUAAAAAACUAAUCUAAUAAAAUCAUUUUACUAGAGAUUAACUAACUAGUAACGUAACACUGAUUAACUAACUACUAGGCCUACAUUCGUAAAUGCUGAUUACUAGUUGAUAUUUUACGAGGGUAUUUAAUAAUCUGUACCUAUUGUCUAUUCAUCAGGACUUGUAAAUAAGUAAUUGCAAGGUAAAAAAUGGCUCUGUCAGUGGAGAAAUUACUGACAGAUGCUCACACACUCAUCAUACACUUAAAGGACCAUGAUAACCUCACCGACAGCAUAAUUGCAUCUACACAUUCGCUGUAUAACAAAGUGGAGGCUAUGAAACAGUACCAGGAUGACAUUACAGAGCUGAAUGAAAUAGCUAAACACAGGCCAAGAUCAACUUUAGUGUUAGGGAUUGCCCAAGAAAACCGGCAGAUUCGUGAGCUACAACAGGAAAACAGAGAACUUCAAGCAACACUAGAGGAGCACCAGUCAGCCCUGGAGCUUAUCAUGCAGAAGUACAGGGAGCAUACAGUCAAACUCCUUCAGAGUAAUAGAUUAGAAAAGGCUAUUCAAGAGAAAGAUGUUGUAGAUAAGGAUUCUGUGAGUCAUCUGAUGGAUAAAAUUGAUGAAAUGGCUGGUGUCAUGCAGAAAGCUAUCGAGGUAGAUGAGAAUGUGGGCUGCGCAGAAAAAGAACGACUUUCUCGCCUUGAGCUUGAGAACAAAGCCUUGCGAGAACUCCUGGAAAUCUGCACCACUAGUAAAGAAAAAAUUAUCCACACAGAACCCAAGUUUGAGAUCAAGAAAGAGGAGGAGGUUGAUGAUGAUGAUGAAACUACUGACACUGAAGGUGAUUCUUCCGUCCUCCUUGCACCCGAUAAAACUGAGGAACCAGACAAAAAAGAGACCCCUGAUAAAAAGAAACCUGUGGGUGGGAGUAGAGAAACAACGCCAACGGGCUCGGGAACUAAAGCUGUCGGAGCUAGCAAGUCUGCGGGGGAUAUAAGGAAAGGUAAGACGAGCCCCACAAUUGUGUCACCAACGGUCAAGAAAGCCACAUCUGUUACUGGUAUCAAGAAGGACAAUGUGGUGAAGAAAAGCCCAUCCAUUGAAGCCAAGAAAGACUUAAAACCCAAGACUGUGGUUAAAACAGUCACUAAAAAAUAACUCUUAAACAUUCAUAUUUUACCUAAUAUUGGAUUCCGUAACUAAUUGAAGAAAUGAUACUGACGCUUUCAAAUGCAGUUGUUUUCGCUUACUGUUGGAUUAAUUUUUCUUUUAUAUUUAAAAAGUGUACUGUACUGGUAGUCUCUGGUUGCAUUGUGUUUCUCAUCUCAGGGUUGCAGGUAAUUAUAUUGGGGUGGUAGGUGAUUAUAUUAGGGUUGCAGGUAUUUAUAUUGGGGUUGGUAGAGUCCUCCAACAACAUACAACUACUAUAAAAGUACGCUAUCAAACACUGCUAGUCCUUAAUAUUGUUGGAAGUGUAGUAAAAUCUUCAUUUCAAUUUUUAAAAGCCUGUAAAUUUAAAAAAACGUGAUAACCUUUAAUAAAAAGUACUUGUGGAAGUAUAAAUGUAGAGGGUUUACUAUGAGUUUUUAAAAUAUUUGUCACAUAUUUAUUUAUCAGCCAUGUUACUAGUUAGGCCUAGGGAUAAAGGUUUUUCUGGUCUACAAAUAUUUACUUUACUGCUUACAUAAAUUAUACAUAUGAAUAUGAUGCCACACACUAGAUAGUCAUGAGAAUGUAGCUAGAGAAGUAUGCAGUAAUACUUCUACCAAACUUAUGUGAUCUAUGUACUUGAGUGCCCAGUGUGUUCAACAUUAAAAUGUUACUGAGACAUUGUAGGCUUUAUAUAAAGAUGAUCUAGAAUCAACUAAAAAUUGGAACAUUGUUGAUCAUGCUAUGGAGUUAUUCCAUUUUUCUAAACCAGCAUGCAAUUUAAUUAUAAAAUUGUGUGCAUUGAUUUUAGUUCUCAAGCAUUAGUGAAUUUGUAAUUAUAUAACUACUGGGGUGUGGUAAAGUGCACCACUGCUAACCCACAAGUCUCUAGUUGGGUUCCCAGACUAGUUAAGGCAUCUCUGAGUCUGCUCAGCUCUGAUGGGUUCCUAACUCAGGUUAGGGAAAGUAAAGGCAUUUGGUACUAGAACUGACCACAUUAUCUUUAAUGUGUUUACUUUUAAUUAAAAAAAUAUGCAUGGUUUUGGACAAUUAAAUAUAUUUUUCUGUUAAGUAGUUUUACAUUUCACAAAUAUAAAAUGUAGUGUUUUAUCAAUAGACAAAAACUAAUGUAAACCUAAAAUCCAUGUUAAUAACGCAUUCUAUAUUGCUAGGUCAGGUAUUGUGAUAA